AGUAAAUUAUAAAAAAAAAAAAAAAGAAAGAAAGAGGAUUUAGGGCAAAAAGGAGAAGGCAGCAAAAAGAACAGACAGCAGCCUCCGUCUCCAUCGUCAUAUCGCCGCCAACGAAUUUCGCUGAGAGAUGGAGAGGACCGCAGUGUUUCCGGGUAACCAAAAUUACCUCCUUUGCCCUUCACGCGCCGUCGCCACGCGCCUCCAUUCUCUCUCCUCUGCACCGAGUCUCCGGUCUCUUCAUCCGCCCUCUAUCUCUCUAAAGCAACGGUGUUCUCUUUCUUCCUCAUCUUCUGAUGCCAUCCAUGGCGGAGUCUCGUCUCUUCGAUGCGAUGCCGUUUUGUCCAACUCCACCAGCUCCGAGAUGUCUGAAGUAGCCGACAUAGAUUGGGACAGCAUAGGUUUCGGUAUUCAACCAACCGAUUACAUGUAUAUCAUGAAGUGUGGCCGCGACGGGAAUUUCUCUAAGGGCGAGUUGCAGCGUUUUGGGAACAUUGAGCUGAGCCCGUCAGCCGGUGUUCUCAAUUAUGGUCAGGGAUUGUUUGAAGGGCUAAAAGCCUACAGAACACAGGAGGGGAGCAUUCUCCUGUUCCGUCCUGAGGAGAAUGCUAUCCGCAUGAGAAUGGGGGCUGAGAGAAUGUGCAUGCCUGCCCCAAAUGUCGAACAGUUUGUGGAAGCUGUGAAGAAGACCGUGCUAGCAAACAAACGAUGGGUUCCUCCUCCAGGUAAAGGUUCCUUAUACAUCCGGCCAUUGCUAAUGGGAAGUGGAGCUGUUCUUGGUCUUGCCCCAGCUCCUGAAUACACUUUUCUUGUUUAUGUUUCACCAGUGGGAAACUAUUUCAAGGAAGGGGUGGCACCAAUCAACUUGAUUGUGGAACAUGAAUUUCACCGUGCCACUCCAGGUGGUACUGGGGGUGUCAAAACGAUAGGCAAUUAUGCUGCAGUUCUGAAGGCACAGUCAAUUGCGAAAGCCAAAGGAUAUUCCGAUGUUUUAUAUCUUGAUUGUGUUCACAAAAGAUAUCUUGAGGAGGUUUCCUCUUGCAAUAUUUUCGUCGUGAAGGAUAAUGUGAUAUGCACUCCUGAAAUAAAAGGAACCAUCCUGCCUGGAAUCACCCGGAAAAGUAUAAUCGAUGUGGCUCGAAGCCAAGGGUUUCAGGUUGAGGAACGGGGAGUGACAGUGGAUGAGUUGCUAGAGGCUGACGAGGUUUUCUGCACUGGAACUGCUGUCGUGGUCUCUCCCGUAGGAAGCAUUACCUACAAGGACAAAAGAGUAACUUAUGGAGAAGGUGGGGUCGGAGCAGUGGCAAACAAGCUGUACACCGUUCUAACCAGUCUGCAGAUGGGUCUGAGUGAGGACAACAUGAACUGGACUGUCCAACUCUGUUAACAAAAGGGCAACACACUUGAAACUUUUUGCUGCCUGGUUUCGUCUUCUUACAUCUCAUCUCUGUAGAUAAGACUCGGGCUGUUCCCGAAACCCUAAAACCCACCCUAUAUCCAAGACUUUUUAGUACCUUGGCUUUCUUUGUAUCCAAGAUUUAUUUAUGGUGUGAAUUGGGAAUAUCCAAAUUGGCGUUGGGAUGUGGGUUGCUUAAUGAGUGCCAGCUUCUUAA